GCCGCGUCCCCGCCCCUUCCGGCCCGGGAGAUUUGAUUCCCUUGGCGGGCGGAAGCGGCCACAACCCGGCGAUCGAAAAGAUUCUUAGGAACGCUGUACCAGCCGCGUCUCUCAGGACAGCAGGCCCCUGUCCUUCUGUCGGGCGCCGCCCAGCCGUGCCCUCCGCCCCUCAGGUCAGUUCUCCCGCCUGCCCGCCGCAGUCGCAGUUGAUGGCUGGGGUCUGGGUUGUGCGGGGCGCAGCGGCCCAAACCCAGUUUGCUCCUGGCUCUCGGGAGACUGGAGGAUUUCAUCGGAGCCCCGCGCUUUACCAGCCCUGUUCCCUGGAUAAGAUAUUUGACCUUUCCGACCCGCGGUUUUCUCCUCCGUUCUUUUUCUAAUUCCAAAUAAACUUGCAAGAGGACUAUGAAAGAUUAUGAUGAACUUCUCAAAUAUUAUGAAUUACAUGAAACUAUUGGGACAGGUGGCUUUGCAAAGGUCAAACUUGCCUGCCAUAUCCUUACUGGAGAGAUGGUAGCUAUAAAAAUCAUGGAUAAAAACACACUAGGGAGCGAUUUGCCCCGGAUCAAAACGGAGAUUGAGGCCUUGAAGAACCUGAGACAUCAGCAUAUAUGUCAACUCUAUCAUGUGCUAGAGACAGCCAACAAAAUAUUCAUGGUUCUUGAGUACUGCCCUGGAGGAGAGCUGUUUGACUAUAUAAUUUCCCAGGAUCGCCUGUCAGAAGAGGAGACCCGGGUUGUCUUCCGUCAGAUAGUAUCUGCUGUUGCUUAUGUACACAGCCAGGGCUAUGCUCACAGGGACCUCAAGCCAGAAAAUUUGCUGUUUGAUGAAUAUCAUAAAUUAAAGCUGAUUGACUUUGGUCUCUGUGCAAAACCCAAGGGUAACAAGGAUUACCAUCUACAGACAUGCUGUGGGAGUCUGGCUUAUGCAGCACCUGAGUUAAUACAAGGCAAAUCAUAUCUUGGAUCAGAGGCAGAUGUUUGGAGCAUGGGCAUACUGUUAUAUGUUCUUAUGUGUGGAUUUCUACCAUUUGAUGAUGAUAAUGUAAUGGCUUUAUACAAGAAGAUUAUGAGAGGAAAAUAUGAUGUUCCCAAGUGGCUCUCUCCCAGUAGCAUUCUGCUUCUUCAACAAAUGCUGCAGGUGGACCCAAAGAAACGGAUUUCUAUGAAAAAUCUAUUGAACCAUCCCUGGAUCAUGCAAGAUUACAACUAUCCUGUUGAGUGGCAAAGCAAGAAUCCUUUUAUUCACCUCGAUGAUGAUUGCGUAACAGAACUUUCUGUACAUCACAGAAACAACAGGCAAACAAUGGAGGAUUUAAUUUCACUGUGGCAGUAUGAUCACCUCACGGCUACCUAUCUUCUGCUUCUAGCCAAGAAGGCUCGGGGAAAACCAGUUCGUUUAAGGCUUUCUUCUUUCUCCUGUGGACAAGCCAGUGCUACCCCAUUCACAGACAUCAAGUCAAAUAACUGGAGUCUGGAAGAUGUGACCGCAAGUGAUAAAAAUUAUGUGGCGGGAUUAAUAGACUAUGAUUGGUGUGAAGAUGAUUUUUCAACAGGUGCUGCUACUCCCCGAACAUCACAGUUUACCAAGUACUGGACAGAAUCAAAUGGGGUGGAAUCUAAAUCAUUAACUCCAGCCUUAUGCAGAACACCUGCAAAUAAAUUAAAGAACAAAGAAAAUGUAUAUACUCCUAAGUCUGCUGUAAAGAAUGAAGAGUACUUUAUGUUUCCUGAGCCAAAGACUCCAGUUAAUAAGAACCAGCAUAAGAGAGAAAUACUCACUACGCCAAAUCGUUACACUACGCCCUCAAAAGCUAGAAACCAGUGCCUGAAAGAAACUCCAAUUAAAAUACCAGUAAAUUCAACAGGAACAGACAAGUUAAUGACAGGUGUCAUUAGCCCUGAGAGGCGGUGCCGCUCAGUGGAAUUGGAUCUCAACCAAGCACAUAUGGAGGAGACUCCAAAAAGAAAGGGAGCCAAAGUGUUUGGGAGCCUUGAAAGGGGGUUGGAUAAGGUUAUCACUGUGCUCACCAGGAGCAAAAGGAAGGGUUCUGCCAGAGACGGGCCCAGAAGACUAAAGCUUCACUAUAAUGUGACUACAACUAGAUUAGUGAAUCCAGAUCAACUGUUGAAUGAAAUAAUGUCUGUUCUUCCAAAGAAGCAUGUUGACUUUGUACAAAAGGGUUAUACACUGAAGUGUCAAACACAGUCAGAUUUUGGGAAAGUGACAAUGCAAUUUGAAUUAGAAGUGUGCCAGCUUCAGAAACCGGAUGUGGUGGGUAUCAGGAGGCAGCGGCUUAAGGGCGAUGCCUGGGUUUACAAAAGAUUAGUGGAAGACAUCCUAUCUAGCUGCAAGGUAUAAUUGAUGGAUUCUUCCAUCCUGCCGGAUGAGUGUGGGUGUGAUACAGCCUACAUAAAGACUGUUAUGAUCGCUUUGAUUUUAAAGUUCAUUGGAACUACCAACUUGUUUCUAAAGAGCUAUCUUAAGACCAAUAUCUCUUUGUUUUUAAACAAAAGAUAUUAUUUUGUGUAUGAAUCUAAAUCAAGCCCAUCUGUCAUUAUCUGUUACUGUCUUUUUUAAUCAUGUGGUUUUGUACAUUAAUAAUUGUUGACUUUCUUAGAUUCACUUCCAUAUGUGAAUGUAAGCUUUUAACUAUGUCUCUUUUUAAUGUGUAAUUUCUUUCUGAAAUAAAACCAUUUGUGAAUAUA